GCAGCCAUGGGGAAGGAGAGGCAGACCAAGGAGGGACCAAACCCCACAUCUCCGCCUAGAGGCCACAAAUCUCCCAGGAAGCCGAAAUGUUCUCGCUGCAGAAAUCACGGUUUCUUCUCUGCUCUAAAAGGACACAAACGCUUCUGCGACUGGAAGGACUGCCAGUGUCCCAAAUGCAAACUGAUUGCUGAGAGGCAGCGUGUCAUGGCGGCCCAGGUCGCACUAAGGAGACAACAGGCCCAAGAAGAGGAAAUGGGAAUAAGCAUUCCUGUGGCUUUAUAUGGCUCUGAUGUUAUGAUGAAAAACGAAGCGGCUGCCGAUUGUCUGUUCUCUGUGGAAGGCCGAUCCUCCAGCUCCCCCUUCAACAUCGGCCCCUCCCCUCUGGCUGUGUCAGGAGGUGUCUCUUCACCACCUUCCAGCUCCUCAGCUGCUGUUCGGCCUCAUACCGACGGAGCGCCUGACCUCCUUCUGGAAACUCCUUACUACAACGUCUACCAGCCUUCGCGCUUCCCCACAUAUUAUGGCAAUCUUUACAACUAUCAACAGUACCAGCAGAUGCCUCAUGGGGACGGCCGCCUCCCUGGCCACAGUAUGUCCCCUCAGUACCGGAUGCAUUCCUACUACCCUGGAGCCCCCUACCUGACCCAGGGUCUGGGCUCCACCACCUGUGUGCCUCCCUUCGUCAGCGUGGAGGACAACAACAGCUGCUCUGAGACCACGGCAGCCUCCUUUCCUCCCACCAAUUACGAGUGUGAGACCAGCAGCCAGACGGCCAACAUCAACGUUGACGCCAGCAACUAAAAGACGAAGGUGGUCAGCUUUCAUCUUCUGGAGCAACCGUUUUAACAGUUCAGUUCUUAUUGCUGAUCUUUUGUUGUUCCUGCUUCAGUUCAGGCAUCAUUUCUGUUCAUGUUUAUACAAGUAGUUUUAGUUGCUUUUAGUCCUAUGGCUGCAUCUUUCUGUUUUUUGUAUUGAAUUUUACUGAAUUUAAACAAGACAAAAUAAAGAUACUCAGAGAACAGUACCUUAGAAAGUUUACACAGCCCCUCUUGCACUUACAAAAUUAUACUCAAACAUAAGGUGGAAUGUAUGUUUAAAACAAUUAAAAACACAUUUAAUAUAUUGUAGAUAAACCCUGAAAUAACUCGCUCUUCCUCUGUUAGUGAGUACCAUAUUGCAUCCUAAACCCAGAAUCUGAAUGAUAAAGUCCUUUGAUUUUCCUGUUUAAUCUUCAUUUCUGAAAUUCUGUUUUUUACUAAUACAUUUAUAAUUACAUGUAGUAACGAUGCUGUGAUGCAAAUUAAUCUAAUUUUCUGAUAUCUUUAUAAUU